AUGUUUAGCACAGAAGAAUUUAUUAAACAAUAUAAGAAUCUUUCAAAUCCAGAUAAAAGUAUAAGUCAAAAAGCAAAUAAGUAUAUCUUAAAAUUACAAUAAACAAAAGAAGCUUUUAACAUUGCUAAAUAAAUAUUAGAUUAAUAAAAUGUUCAAUAAGAAUAUUAAUUCAUUGCUUGUCAAUUGAUUUAUAGAAGAUUGAAGGUAGAAUGUGAUAUAUCCAUACAACCUUAUCUUUUAAAUUUAUUGGGAAGGCCAUUAUCAAAUAUUGCCUUAAAUUAAGUUUGCUCAUCUUUUGCUGUCAUUAUUGUAGGCAAUUCUUAACUUUGGAAAGGGUAUCAUAAUAUUUUAUAUGCUUUUUAGAAUACUAUAGGAAUUAAUAUAAUUAAUGAAAGUAAAAAUGCAAUUAGGAAUUGAAAUUCUGACUUAAAUUGCAAUUUAAGGUAAAGAAUGCAUUUCAAAAAAAGAACAACAAAAAUUGUAACAAGAAUUUUAGACACAACAUAAUUUACUUUCAGAAAUAUUUUUAAGUUUAUUAUGCAUAUAGGAUUUGAUUAUUUUUAAAUAAACUAUUCUAUGCAUGGAAUCAUGGGUGUAAUUUUCAUUUAGUUUAUUCAAAGAUUCUAAAUUGAUUUAAUAAAUCAUUCUACUAAUAUCAUAAGCUUUGUAAAAUAAUGCAGUUGAACAUUCUGAUAAAUUGUUUUCCUUAUUAUAUGAGGCUGUUGUUUUCUCAUAAUAUAAAAAUUAGAAUAUUGAACCAAUUGUUUAAUAAAAUUUAUUAAUUAUGCUAGAAUUCAUAAUUCGAAUUUAUAAUCCUUAAAUCUCUGUCAUGUAUGCAUCUUUGACAACUAAAUUUAUUUGUGAUUUUUACCUAAUAGUAUAAAAUUCUCAAUAUGAAGAAGCAGCAUUCAAUAUCAUUGUCAAUUUGGUUAACAAUCCAUAAAGAAAAAUUGUAUUUCAAACUUUUGAAUUUUGGAUUCAAAUGAAAUAGUCUCAUUUACUUUAAAGUUUUUGGUUGAAAAUAUUAUAAUGUCUAAUAGAUAAAUGUAAAGUAAAAUCGAUCAAAUUAAAUAAAGAAUUCUUAUCAGGAGAAGAUGAAGAAGAAAAUGAUUACUUCGAUAAGAAAAAUCAAGAAAAUUAAGGAAAUAAUAUUUCUACUUAUGAUUUUAGAGAACAUUGCAAAGAAAUAUUUAUUUGCAUUUAUAAAAAUGUUGAAUAACUUAAUUAAACAGAUUCAUUUUUUUAAAUCAUUUUAUCGAAUUUGAUUAUUACUAAUCCUGAUUCUUCAGAUUAAAUUAUUUAAACUGAAGCUGCUUUAUUUUCCCUUUGUUCAAUAAUUGAUGAAACUAAUUUUUAAAUUAAUAAUUAAUUAGUGUUUUAAAUUUUAAAAUUUGUACUUUAAUUACCAAAUAAUCAAAAUUUUGAUAUUAUCGUUAAAACUACUUUAUAAAUGUUCAGCGGAAUAACUAAUUAAAUAAAUUUGAAUUUUGAAUUGUUGUUUCCUAUAACAAAAUACUUCUUCUAAUAUAUGCUUCAUCCUUUGUUGGGAUCCUUAGCUGGAGUGUAAAAAUUUAAUAAAUUUAUUUUAGUGCCUUUGAAUAAAUUUGCAAUAAUGGAGAACUUAAUAAUUAAUAAUUGAUUUCUGAAUUUUUUACAUUCCUAGAAUAGCAUUUUAAUGAUUUUGUUAAUUAAUCUUAGUUAAAUUAUUUUAUUGAGGGUUUAUUGAAAUUAUGUUAUCGAAUUUAUUAAUUUGGAAAUAUAGACUUUAUAAUCUAGGUAUUAAUUUAAUAUUAUAUUUUUAGUUAUUCAAUUUUGCAAAUAAUUAAUUUCAACUAUUUAAAAAUAUGAAUUUACUUACUAAAUAGUAAUUUACAUAUAUUAAUACUUUGAUUAUUACAAUAUUAAAAUGGAUUAAUACAAAUAUCGAAGAUAUCAAUGAUUAAGUAAAGUAAAUAUCAGAUUUACUAUGUUAAUCAAUAACAGAACCGUUAAUAAAUUUACUUAAAGAAUCAUAAAAUUAGUAAAAUAGUGAUGAACUACAUUUAUUAGUAAGAAUGAUAAUGAAAGUGUCUAAUUAUUAAAAUUAAUAAUAAUAGAUAAUUUAAUUAUUAUAGAUAUCAUUUCAAAUAUUUUAUUAAAAUCCUGCAUAAAAACAUUAAUGGUUGUAAUUGAUAACAAUAGCCAUAAGUAGAUGUUAAGAAUAUUAAUUUAUUUCUUAAUGGGUAACUUAAAAUAAUUAAGAAAUUCAUAAAUUUUGCAUAGAAUAAUUUAAAUUAGGUAGAGAUUCGGAUGUAAUGAAGGUUUAUGUAGAAUUUGUAAAAGAAUGUACAAGAUUUUGUCAAUAAGCAUUUUUUGAAUCGCCUUAUUUAUAUUUGAUAAUGGAAAUAAUAGGUGAAGCAUUUUAAACAGUAAAUUCUUAUGAAAUGCAAAGAGAAAUUCUAAAUUUUUUUAAGUAUAUUUGAUAAUAUUAUCAUAUAAGAACCUUGUCAUAAUUGAUUGAAAAUGGAAAGGAAUACUUUAAUAAGCUUAUAAUAUAAAUAGUUACGACUUUAUUUUUAAGUAUUUAAAAUAUUAAUCGUGCAAUUGUAUUUUAAAUAAUAUAGAUAUUAUAAUUUAUUUUAAAAAAGGAGAUAAGUAGUGAUGAAUUAAAGGAACUUAUUUAUUAGACAUUGUUAAAGAGUUGGGGAGUUAAGAAAAAGCCUAAAUAAGUUGAAAUGGUAAGUAAAGCAAUAGUGCAUUAUUUAAAAAAAACAGAAGAGAGUGGAUUGAAAAGAGAACUAAAGUUAUUGUUAUAAAAUUUAAGAGAAAUAGGAGAAGAAGAGAUUGAUUAUAUACAUUUGGAAACAAUAUUGAAGUAAUGAUAAUUAAAUUUCUAUUUAUUG